CCACCCGGAAGUAGUGCACCCACACCGGAAGCGACCAUUUUAGGGCUCGCAGCCUCCUAGGAGCCCUGGCCUCGCCGAGGUGGGGGGUGGCGACACCGAGCACCGACGCGGGGCGGAUAGCAGCCCACCGCGGAGAGAAGGACCACCGAGGUGGUGGAGGGCGAACAAAAGUUGGACUUAUAGGCGAAGGCGCGCGCCGUCAGUGCGAAUGAGACAAUGGCGGCGCUCAGCGACCCGCAGAGGUUUAGUUAGCGGGCUCAUAGUAGAUGGAGCGGCCGGCCUGGCUAGCUGUUUGUCCGGGGAUGAAGAAAGAGGGCCCGUUGUGGCCAGCAGCGAGUCACCGCUCGGCGCUUUCGUCUCUUCGGGCUCAUGUUGUCUGACAUUACUGUGAACCAACCCCCUUCGAACACUUUGAGCUCGUUGACGGCUUGGAUGCUAUCGUAGUCUGCUGAUGGAGGCGACAACAAGUUCACACUGCUAAGUGCUUCUAUUUGCUCGUCGACCCAUAAUCAACCCCCACGGAGCUUCUAAUCGCAGACUUCCAGAAUAAAUUAGCCGAGUGUGGGCUUCAUCCUUGGACCACUCACUUCUCACAUCAUUAGACAAUCAGCACUGCCAAAGAGAGACUACAGACUUUUACCUUCAUAUCUCGUUAGGACCUGGCUGGUGUCAGUUGACUUCUUUCAUUGACAUUUUUCUGUGGCGUGACCUCUGGACACUCCGCCAUUUCCCGUUGUGGGAGAUGUUCCAGUUCAGCAAAUACCCCAUGGAGAUAUUAGAGAUGCUAAGCGGACACCAGGCUCACCAGUUCAAGGGUCUGGGACUGGAGCGUCCGCUGAGCCACCAGCAGCAGGUCCAGCUGCAGCAUCAGCAGCAGCUCCAGCAGCAGCACCAGACCUCCGCAGAAACCUCCGGUAGUCUCCUGACCGGACUCGGCCUGGGAUCGCUGCAGACCUCUCGAAGUAACGCCUUUGCUGACUCUUCCUCGUUGUUCGCUAAGAUGAGCGCCCCACCCCCAUCAAUCGCGCAUCAGAGCCAGUCAUCGUCGUCUCACAGCUCCAGGAAGUCCAACAAGAUGAGCAGCAGCAGCGGGAGCUCUUCAUCAGCAUACCCACAAUUCCUGCGACCUUUUCACCCGGCCGAGGCGGCGUUAGCUCAGGAGCAGCUCCAUUCUGGAAUAGGACGCUUUGACUUUGGGGGGAGCACCACUAGUGGGAGCGCGGGGGUCAUCGGGGGAGUGGUCAGCUCUGCACCCCCGCCUCCUCCGCUACAUCCAGGUAUUUCUGUGGCCCAGCCCUCCUCUGGACUUUCUUCUUCCUCUACCUCCACCUCUGUGUCAGCUUCCAACAACUCCUCCGGUGGUACAGCGGUGCCCCUAGUGGGCCAGUCAGACCCCCGCAGUCUCCAUCAGCAGUUCAGCUGCAUGCUGGCUGCCAACCAGUACUUCCUGUCAGGAGUGCCAGCCAACAGCAGCCUAGAGCAGUUCUUGGUCCAGCAAGGUACUCACAACCACUUGGGUCUCGGUCUUAGUCAGGGGGCCACUGAGUCUGCUUCACCCUUAGCCCCGCCCCCUGGCCUGCACUCCUCUCACAGCCACGCAGUGCCGCAACCUCAGCAGCAACAGCAUCUGACCCCCCACGCCUUAUCUCACCCGCACAGCCACACCCACCACCCUCACCCGCUCCACCCGGCCCCUCAGCCCGCCCCUUUGGGUGGGUUUGACUUUCAGAGCAUUCCUGUGCUGUCCUCCAAUCAAAUAGCUUCACUCAUGCAGCAGGAGGCAGGCAUCCCCCUUCCCCUACCCCUCCAUUUAUCCCUGCACAAAGACGACAGCUCAAAGUCAGGGGAUAGCUCGUCCACGUCUGCCUCCGGCGGUGGGGGGAGCAGGAGGAAAAAGGCUAUGGCGGGCUACCUCCCUCAGAGGAAAGCGGAAAGUCACGCUCACAGCAGCUCCAGCAGUCACCGUCACAGCUCUUCCACUGGCCUGUUGGGAGGAGCCGCAGGAGGCGUUGGCAUGAGCGGCAUCGGUGGCGGGCAGCAACAUUCCUCUCUCCUUCUGUCACCGUCUCACCAAUCAUCUUCCACCGUGUCGUCUUCGUCGUCAUCUGCCCCCUCCUCCUCAAACUCUGCCUCUGUGCUCGUGGACAGCGCAGACCAGCGCUUGUCCAAAUCCAAGAGAGACGCGGCAGCAGCUCCUGGCCAGCCUGAAGCAGAAGCCCUGUACCACUGCGGAGAGUGCGGAAAAACAUUCACCCACCUGUCCAGCUUGCGGCGCCACCUGCGCAGCCACGGCCUGACCCCCGAAAGCCACAGCAGAAAAUCGGACUGUACCUCUCCUAGCCCGGAGAGGAUCUUCUGCUGCGGCGACUGCGGGAAGAGGUUUAAAAAGCGGGGUCACCUCAUCCAACACAGCGUCACGCACUGAAACCGACCGUUUAUCUGCAACAUUUGUCAGUCCUUCAACCGCCGCGAGUCGCUCACGCGUCACGAAAAGAUCCACGACGAGAAGCCAUUCCGGUGCCCAGCAUGCGGCCGCUGUUUCCGCGAGAGCACCUCCCUCCUUAACCACGCCGCAUCAGGUGCUUGUGGCAAACCUCCACGAAGUUCCAAAAACCGGGCUGGCGGUGGCAGCUCAUCCAACCCAAGCAGCAGUAAAACGCGGCGAGAUAGUGGUCAGUCGCGAUGUCAUGAGGUUGCUGUCAUUCCCAAUACGGAAUACAACAGAAGUCGCUACCCCCAACCAGGCGUCUAUGACGGGGUGGUGGACGACUACAGGCGCUCACAGUCGUCAUCGCUGUACUCGCCAGAUGAAAUGAACAGCCAAACCCUCCGGAAAGCCCCUCUAGCGCCAACUCUUCACCCCCACCCUCAGAGUCAGCAGCACCACCUUCCACUCUCUUCCUUAUUGGACGAUUCUGAGGAUGAGGUUACAAGCAGCGCCAUGUCGGCCAUUGCUGCAGCGGCAGCAGCCUCGUGCAACAUUAACACAGAAGGCAGGGAGGGCGAAAGAAGUGAUAUCAUCGGAGGGCUGUUGGGGGGAUUGGGGUUUGGUAACUUAGGUGGUCCGUCAUCCUCACCCAGCCUAAAUGGUUCCACCAUGCCGCUAACACAUCACAGCCAGAUCCCCUCAAAAUCCAGGAGACCCCGAAAACCAAGAGAGAAGAGGGACCCCAAUAAUAUUGUCAGGAGGAGGCGCAGCCCAGCUCCCCCCGGCGAUGGCUCCGAGCGGCCGUACGGAUGUCAACUGUGCGGAAAGCGCUUCCGGCGGGCUGAGACAUUGCGCCGCCACAACCGAGUCCACACAGGCGAAAAGCCUCACGCCUGCGACAUUUGCGGGAAGACGUUCCGCGAGCCUUUCCACCUGACUAAACAUCUGACAGUGCACUCUGGUCAGAAAAACUACAAGUGCAACCUGUGCGGGAAGAUGUUCGCCUACGCUCAGAGCCUCGUCAGACACGGCAAGCUGCACCGCAAAGGAGAAAUCGAUCAUCAGGGACGAAGGAUCAAAGGAGCUGCCGCUGCGGCCGCCGCCGCCAUCAGUCAGGUGGCCAACUCUGGAAAUUCUGACUUUUCGUCUUGUUCCCAAGAGGAAAAGUCUCCAACAUCUGGCACCCCCUCCCAGAGGCUGUACACCUGCACAGUGUGCUGGAAGUCCUUCCGCCAUUAUUUCCACCUGACGGCGCAUCAGCAGACUGUGCAUGGUGGCGGUGUGGGCCUGGAGAAAUCCUUUCGUUGUGAAGUUUGUGGUAAAUCCUUCGCCUAUUCAAACAGUUUAGUACGCCACAAGCUGUCCCAACACGGCAUUGACCGCAGCGGCCAGAGGGUCAACAACUCCCCAGCGCCGGGAUACUCGCCCAUUUUCUAUGACUCUGGCACAGGCUCCGCCUACAGCGCCUCAUCUCACAUGCAGCAAAUGGCUAGCCAACCUCCUCCGCCUCAGCAGCAAGAAUCCCAGCACCCGUUUCAUUACCGGCCCAAAAACUUCACCAAGGAGCCUGAACAGAUAAAAAAGAAGCGAAAGAAAAGAAGGCGUGUGGUCAUCCACAGCAUCAUGAGGGACGGGAAGCUGGUAGGCGUGCCGCUCAGCAGAGAAACACGCAAGAAGUUGUUGAUGCUGAAGAAGAGGAGGGGCAGACUGCAGGCUCACAUCAAUAAAAAGAAACUUCUGGCGCAGCUGAGGGUCCGUGGUGGGGUAGCAGCAAUCAAGUCCUGGUCAGGAGGGGCUGUGAAAGUUGCAGGGCUAGUGUCCAUGGACGUCCCCAUCAAGCGUUUCCCGUGUCCCGUCUGCCCCAGCGCCGCCUACUCCAGGAGGGGCUCCCUGCUGCUGCACCGCGCAGUGCGACACCCGGCGAGAAAGUGGGGCCGCCGUGCCCGUCUGCAGUGUGUGGUGUGUGGCCGCAGCAGCUCCUUGCUUAAAGCCCUCAAACACCGCGGCCACCACCUCAAGCAGAUCUCCUCCCGGUGCCACAGAUGCAGACGGCGCUUUUGGAACCAGCGACUCCUGGACCGACAUAAGUACUCGUGCCGUGCGUCAAUGGUGGGAGGAGGCCUCGGGAACUGGGCACUCACGAAGAUUAAGUCCCCAUUGUCCGAGAGCAACCAUUCGCCAGUCCAACUUACAAUGCCAGCUCUGGUCCCGCAUGAGCGGUCAUCAGUUCUGACGGAUUACGCUCAAUAAUUGAAAACAAAAAAAAAACACCUUACUUUGUUAGAUUAGAUUGUUCUAAUUUGUUUUUUUUUUUUUUUACUAUCCAAGAGGCAAGUGACAGCUGGCAGUCUUUUUACAAAAGGAGAAGAGGGAGGACCUUCCUCAAGCUUCCUGGGUCCAUGUUGACCCGAUAGUACUGCAGAGUGGACUCAAAGCCACCUGGUCACAUGACAUGUUUUAGUAGCAGCUGUUUAAUUGAUGUUAGUGCACAUUGAAACCACAACACUAUCUUGUCUUGUCUUGUACGUUUUCAAUUAACCUCAUUUGUCUCGUCACUCCACAGUUAAAGAUGCCUUAUUUGGUCAAAGCAACACGAGGCGACACUUGACCUUUUUAAGACAAAACUAUUCAUGUAGGAGUGUAAUGUACAAUUCCUAUUAUAUUUUAUUAUAUAUUAUGGACAACUCGCUGUUUUUUACUCCCAAGUAUCAGUGUUGCUAUUGUGAAAGGGGUUGGGGGAGGGCUGUUGUACACGUCCACGUGUUCUUUUCUCUAUGACACUUUUUGUAAUUAAACCGUGUACACAUACUUUAUGACUUAGCUCCUAUACAUGUCUUCAUUUGGUUUUAUGUACAACUAAAACAUGUAAUAUGAUUACUAAAUGAUUAUUAUUUUCUUUGCAUAAAAGUGACUUGUUGAAAACCCUGAAAUUAAAAAAAAAAAAGGCAAAUGUGAAAUCUGUUGGCGUAUAUCUUUUUCUAGAUCAUGUGCUGGCUUUGACAAUAUAUUGGUAGUUAUGUGUUAAAAUGUUAAAACAACUUUAACCUAAGCAGUUUUCAUUUUGUAUGUUGGAAAAUGUUACUCAUGGUGAAUUUUUGACUUCGAAAUUGCCAACUA